AUGAAGCCCUAUUUUAACCAACUUGGCAACUUGGAAUUGAUUUUAGGCACAGGAAUUUGGCAUGACACCGAUUGCUACUACCCAAAUGGCAAUGGUGGUCGAUAUUACGCGAAAGGCGCUCGAUGGAAGGCAUAUAACGACGAAUGCUCAGAUUGUCAGUGUCUGGAAGAUCGAAAGUAUACCUGCAAGAGAGCCCCGUGCUCCUCUCUUUUUCUCUGCCCACCUGGCAAAAUUCCUGCAAUCGCGGCUCCCGAGGACUGUUGUCCCUCCACGUGCAAGAAUGCUUCAAUUGUUCAAUCAGAGGCCCUUACUAAGCAAAUUACCGCUGAGGAGAAAACACCUUCGGAUACUUCAAAACCAAGUGAAGAUGAUAUUGCGGAGUCGUUUUCAGUAGUAUCUCCGGGUGGUCAGUGUAAACCACUAGGUGAUCUUGGAUUUUCCAGCAACGAAAAUUCAGCAUCUUCGAAUAUUUUUCUCCCCUCAAAAAGUCUCGUCAUAAUUCGCCGUUCUUGUGUCAGCCUCAAAUGUGUCUGCUCCUCAGAGGGCAACUGGGUGUGUGCAGACUACUGCAUUCCCUGUGAGGGUGUCUCAAUUCACAGCACCGAUGACUUAUCUAUAAAUGCAUUUCUACUUGUUCGAUCACUUACAGCCGACGGCUGCUGUCCGAAAUGUUCAGAGAAAACAGAGGCUACACCCUAUUUCACCGAAAGAUAUUCAAUUGCAAUCACCUGCUUCUUGGCCCUUCUUGCACUUGCACCCCUCUUUGUGAUAGCAUCUUGUUGUUUAUACCUGCGAUACCGGAAAAAGCUAAAAAAACUACGAAUUUUAGGACACAAUCACCCAAAUAAAUUCCAAUUAGACAACAGAACGCCUCAAGAACCCAUUGUGGCAGCAAUAACACAUUCGACACAAUCCAGUUAUGCAAUUCCAUUAACGAUCUCAACUAGUCCAGACGAGAAGAGUUCCACACCUCCAAUUCGACUAAGAAUUGUGUCAACAGCGUUUGCAGAUCAUGAUAGUUCCCACGGAUCGUUGCUCUUUAACGAUAGAUUAGAGCAACCAUCUUCAUCUCUUCCUAAGUUCUGGUCACUAAGUGCAUCUUAUAACUGUCUUUCUAAUCCCCAAUUAAACCCCAAAGAUCUCAGCAUCCCUAAUUUGGAGGACACCACAAUGAGAAAAUCCCAGACAACUUCCUCUACUACCGGCUACAGUGUUAAUUGCUCGUCGAAAGUCUUAGCAAAAGUCGUUCCAGCCCAGCUCACUCCCCAAAACGAUAGUCCUGUAUCGAAUUCCCCCACCCAUUUACGAAAAUCAGAAUCUCCCGAACCCAAAAGAAGCUCCGACUGGAAGACCCGUCUUCGAAGAAGCUCAACACAACCGAGAACCCAUUUUUUCCCUCAAGCAUGGAAAACAAUCCUUUCCAAAUCCGCGAAAGCCACCACACCUACAGCCAAUCAAGAAGAGGCAUCUUUCUUUAGCCAGCCAAAAUCUAACCUAUCAGAAUCCUUUCAUCAGCUCAUUCAGACACGUAAUACUCCACCUCUAGAAAUAACCGAUGUCGUGUAA